AUGUCCGAGAUUCAAGCUUCCAAGGACGGCCGAGUCGUCGACUCUGGCGAGCACAAUCUCGACGACGAAAAGCCCACGAUUGAGAAUGCCCUUGAGCGCAAAUCCUUUUUUCAGGCUGCGCUCCCUGUCUUUGCCUGUGGUGCCGGUCUCUUUUCCGAUGGCUACAUCAACAACGUUAUCGGCUCCGUCAACACGGCCCUCUCAAGGCAAUACGGUGCCACCUUCGACAACUCGCGCGCCAAAGGCGUCGUCGCCAGCGUCGCGUUCGCCGGCACAGUUCUCGGUCAGCUCGUCUUUGGUUUCACCUCGGACCACUGGUCUCGAUCGCAUUCUCUCGUCACCUCCACAGCAAUCCUCAUCAUCUUCACCGCACUCGCCGCUGGCUCCUACUGGCAUGGGGACGCCAUCGGCAUGUUCAACAUGCUUGCCGCCUGGCGAUUCUUCGUCGGUAUCGGUAUUGGAGGUGAAUACCCUGCCGGCAGUGUUGGCUGCGCAGAGUCCACUGGCGAGCUCAAGCGCGGCACUCGGAACCGUUGGUUCAUUCUUUUCACCAACUCCAUGAUUGAUGUUGGUUUUGUCAUCGGUGCCUUUGUCCCUUAUGUCGUUGCCGCUGCCACCCACAAUGGCCACUACGAAACAAUCUGGCGCACCAGCCUGGGCAUUGGUGUCGUCUUUCCCCUGAUCCUCUUCGUCCUCCGUCUUCGCCUCAAAGAGCCUGAGGAGUUUGCCAAGGAGUCUAUGCGUCGCGCCACUCCUUAUUCUUUAGUUCUCAAGUACUACUGGUUCCGGUUGGCCGCCGUUUCCGUCAUCUGGUUCCUCUAUGAUUUUUCCUCAUAUGCGUUUGGUAUUUACUCGUCCGAUAUUCUCAGCUCCAUCUAUCCCAAGGGUUCCCCUCUGACGACUAUCUUUGGCUGGAACACUGUCAUCAACCUGUUUUAUAUUCCUGGAACAAUUCUGGGCGCCUUUGUCAGUGACUGGAUCGGUCCUAAAUACGCCCUCAUCUUUGGAGUCUCCGCUCAGGCCAUUGUUGGCUACAUCAUGGCCGGCGUCUACAGUACCAUCUCCAAGCACGUAGCUGCUUUUGCCGUCGUCUAUGGUAUCUUCCAGGCCCUCGGCGAACUUGGGCCCGGCAACAACAUUGGUCUUUUGGCAGCCAAAACCUGCGCUACAGGUGUCCGCGGCCGCUACUACGGUAUUGCCGCCGCUGUUGGCAAGAUUGGUGCUUUUGUCGGAACCUACGCUUUCCCGGCCAUCGAAAAGGCCGGUGGCAGCAAGACCCAGUCUGCCCAGUAUCCUUUCUGGGUCGCCUCCAGUCUCGCACUCCUCUCUGCCGCCGUCGCCUUCUUUUGCCUACCCAACGUCGGCCAGGACACCAUCUCCGAGGAAGACCGAAAGUUCCGCGAAUAUCUCGAGAGCAAGGGGUGGGAUGUCUCUCAGCUCGGCUUGGGCAAGACCGACUCGGAAGCUUCUGCUGGUCAGACGGAGAAUGUCACUGAGAAUAAUGUCGUCGACAAGACGCAGUAA